AUUUCUCUCCGCCAAUUACUAGAGAUAGUGAAACCCGAGAUUCAGCAAAAUAUUAUAAACGCAAUAGCAAACCCGGAUAUUUCUCGGCAACAUAUUCCAUGCAAAGCUAGAAAAAAACCAAUUUUUAAUGAUACCGCAUCUGAGUCCUCAUCCACAUAUGAAUCUGGGUCUAGUUCUGAAUCAUCUAAUGAUGAUAAAGAUUUUACUGUGAAAGUGAGAUGGAAUGGUCAGGCUUUUGUCCCCGCUUCCUGUAGUUUACCACAACGUAGUUUUGUACUAGAGAAGUAUGGUUGUCACAAGAAUGCUGAAGUGCUUCCCCAGCAAUUGUAUAAGC